AUGUCUGAAUCGCUCGAACCCGAUACCAGCGUGUCUGAAAGCAGAGAUUCCGAAGGCGAACCACAGCAAAGCCAAGAUGGCGAAGCUGGUGUACAACACAGUGCAAUCGUCGCCUCGCAUUACAACCAAAUCGAGGAACGGGGUUUAGUUGCACGCAAAAAGUCGAACAUAUACUUCAUGCGCAACUUUAACAACUUCAUGAAAACCUGUGUUAUAAUAAAGUAUACCACAUUGGUUAAGGCAAGGACACCGCUGGGCUCACCGUUCCGGGUGUUGGAUAUGUGCUGCGGUAAGGGUGGUGAUCUGAUGAAAUGGUCCUCCGCGAAUGUGACGCACCUGAUCUGCACAGACAUAGCGCAAGUAAGCCUGGAGCAGUGUGAAAAUCGUUUCAAUACGAUAUUCCAACGGGAACGGGAUCAUCAGAGGAAGCCGAGGGUGGAAUUUUUUGCUGCCGACGCUACGCUCCAGCAGCUCCGCACGAAGUACCACGACCCGUCGAUGAAACUGCACCUGGUGAGCUGCCAGUUCGCGUUCCACUACUCGUUCGAGUCGUUCAAGCAAGCGGACUGUAUGUUAAAGAAUGCGGCUGAAUGUUUGGACGAAGGGUUCUACUUCAUUGGGACGAUACCGGACGCAAACGAGCUGAUGAAACGGCAGCGCCGGGCAAUGGCCGACACGUUCGGGAAUGACAUCUAUCGGAUCAAAUUUCUGUGCGAUACGGACAAUCCGCCACUGUUUGGGGCGAAGUACAAUUUUCAGCUGGAUGAUGUAGUGGACUGUCCUGAGUUUUUGGUCCAUUUCCCCACGCUUGAAAAGUUGGCACUCAAGCAUGGUUUGCGGUUGGUGGAGAAGAAACGAUUCGAGGAGCUGUUCGAUGAACAUGGCAUCCAGAAACAGGGUUUGCUGGAGAAGAUGAAAGCAUUGGAAACCUAUCCACCACCGCCGCAUAGUUGGCAAGGCGCAGAUGAUCAGCCGAAACGGCCGGAGCAGUAUAAACAUGUGGAAGAGCGAGGAAUACAAGGGUUCAGCCCACAUCCAUUCCGAGUGGGGACACUUUCGCAGCAGGAAUGGGAAGCGGCAACGCUGUAUAUGUUUUUCGCAUUUCAAAAAAUGAAGACUUCCUACGACGCGAACGGUAGGCCAGUUUAUUCCUGA